AUGAGCGACAGACAAUUGUCGCAGGGAACCUCCAACACGAAACGCCGCCGCGUUACGCGAGCUUGUGACUUUUGCCAUCGAAGAAGCAUCGGCUGCCGACCAAGCGACUCCAGCAGGACCUGUCAAAACUGCAAAGACUUUGGGCACCAAUGCACGUAUCAUCGAGAGCCACGGCGCAGAGGAGUGCAGCCCCGCGCUUCCAGCCGUAUGUCAAGCAGCAAUGCCAUUAAUACUGAGAGGAACCAACAGGCAAUAGACAGUAGAAAUGAUAGCUGGAGAGCACCAAGGGUGGCAAGUCAAGCGGUCAUUGUUGACUUGAUCGACGUCUACUUUGAGAUUGUCUAUCCGAUAUUCCCAAUCUUUCAUCAACCGUCCUUCACCAGACGUAUAUCGCGCGCAGAGUACAUGCAUGAUAGAGCGCUGUUUAUAGUAGUCAUGGCCAUGUGCGCGUUGGUAAGCCGUCGUAUUAGAGACGGCGCUGUAAGCAAUCCUCAAUGGGACUUGCUGAGCCUGCAAGCAGUCGAUACCAGCACAUUCAUGGCGCAUGCUACGGCGGAACUGGCUAGCCAGAAACCAGCAUCGGAUUUGAACACAUUGCGAGCCCAUGCUAUCCUGGCUAUUACUUCCAUUCAAACCGGUAACAUCAAAGAUAUGCAUUUCCACCUGGGGCUAUAUCAUACGCUGGUCGCCAUGGACAUGCUGCAUGAUGAGUCGAAUUGGCCGAAAGGUAUCAAUGCUAUUGAACGGGAAGAGAGAAGGCGACUGUUUUGGUCAAUCUAUACUCUGGAUAUUUAUACCUCAGUCGUCUGGGGCGGCAUUGUUCGGUGCCAUGAAAGACAGUCCAGAGUCGCAUAUCCAAUGGAAAUCGACGACGAGUCGCUCACUGACGAAACCGCAGACCAAAAGAUUCUUGUCCGAGAGGUAUUCAGUCCUACAGCUUUGCGUCGUCACGAUAACACCGGGAUUUCUGUUGACUGCUGGGUUUCUGGGUGGAAUUUCGUCACUGACCUGUACCGAGUGCUGGAGCAUGCUUUGGCGCGGUUCCACAGGAGCAGGAAUAAGGCCAAUUAUGCGGGACAAGGCUCUCUGCCCAAUAAUAUAUUUUUGGAUGAGAGCUGUAUGAUCCCUGAGGCAUCCGUUGCAGACUUGGUCCUUCAGUUGUAUCUUGACCUGCCCAGUUGCUACAAAGAAACGCCAGACAUGUCCUUUCACAACACGAGACGAGAUCGGAUUGCCUUCCAAGCCGCCAAUAUUACUGCUACACUUCAAUUAGUACGGAUAGUGCUCCUAGCAACGAGCCGGGGCACUGUUGCGGCGAGGUGUCAGAUAGCUCGAGAAGUCUUGGACAGCUUUGCAUCUAUUCCUGUGACGUAUUUGCUGGCCAUCAGCACACCGCUGCUGCACCACCUUGGCGGGAUUGGGUCGAUCCUGGGCUCUGUGUUGGACGAACCAUGCACCGGGUCGGAGUACAGGCUGGUACAGUCCAUCAUGCUGUCCAUGGCAGAAUUGUUGGAGAACUUGCAACCCAUUCAGCAGGGUUCCGGUGCCAGCCAGAGUCUAAGAGAAAAAGCAUCACAAAUUACGGCUCUUAUUCAAUCACACGGGCAUCUAAGAGAAGCAGACAGCAGUGCAAACGAGCAACAGUCUGGAGACUCGGUAUGGCCGGCUGGAACACAAGGUAAAGGUCAGUUUGACACCACCAGAGAGGAUCCGUUAGCGCAGGUUCAGCUCGACUUGCUCAAUCCGCUGGCAUGGAACUUUGAUUUUGGACAAUAUUGGAAUUAG